AUGCUAGACCGUCUUCCUGCUCUUCUAACAGAGCGUCAUCAUCACCUUCACCGGUAUCUCAAGGUCGUACAGCUGUUGGCUCAUCUGAAGACAACAAAGAAAGAGCAGCUAACUUACACGAUUGAAAACGACCAGGAUCGCAGCUCAACCUGUCUCCCCGGGCUGUUCUGCUCCCCAUAUUUGAGGUAUCUGGAACUCAACUCGCGUCGACACGCUCUCCCGCACGAGUUCAGUCAUGUUUCGUCUGCCUAUACUGCUGGCAGCGAUAUGGCUGCUGCUUCAGCAAUUUACUACGUCUGUCGUAGAAUUCAAGGGGUAUCCUCUCGGAGUUCACCUGGGCCCGACCUACAUCACCAGCCCACAUCAACAAACACGACGAAGCCGUUCCGCUCGUCCAAACUCCUCGGUCCACCCCACUACCAACAACACAUGCAGAAGCUAUCCGAAGGCUCCAAACACAGGAGUGAAAGUGCUAGGAGAAUGGUACCUCCUAUCCGACUCCUCAACCCGCAUCCCCAUCACAUCACCUACCCCGCCGCUAACGCCGCGAUGCUCAGCACCCUGAUCCAGCAAGUCCGCGACGAGGCCCGACAGCGUCUGGGCCACGCAAUUGACAUCACAAUGUUGACCAUCCCCCGGGAGAUCGAUAGCCUCGCUAGUAAUCAUCUCAUGCAGAUGGUCAUCGCGUCCAACGCCACGUUCAUCGACUACCGGUGGGUUAUCCGGGACAUCCCGCGUGAUACGUGGUUAGCGUACCAGCAAGAUACCUGUGCCGCGCUGAGAACCAGUCAGGCUCUAGACUGCGAUCUGAUGAACGAGGUCGCGGUGAUGCUAUUUGUGGAUCACGGGCUUGGAGGCGUGUUGAAUCUGUGGGCUGCAGAAGUCGGGGAGUAUAAUAUCUGGACGGAUGCGGAAGGGCAGCAUCGCGAGGAUACAGCUGAGGAUAUCCGACGGGCUCUCGAUGAGUUCAUCAACGAGGGGAUUAUUGUUCCGGGCGAGGCGCAGGGUGUUCGUGCGAUUAUUGUUAGUGGGGAUGAGUCGGAUCCAGAGAUUGAGAUGCUCAAGCAGGCUUUAUGUCGGGUCCUUCCUGAGGACUGGAGGCCUCUUGUUCAGGACCAGGUUGAUCCGUUGUGCGUCGGUGCUGUGGGGGCUGCGCGACGCGCUAAGAUGUAGAUGCAUGUUGUUGAUGAGAGGUACAAUCUUACGAAUAUGUGGAAUGGGUUAGUGGGAUGGGGACUGCGUAUGGGGGCCUUGCUUUGGUGGUUGAUAGACCCUUGUCUAUCUUGUCAGGUGCUGGUUUCUGUUGAGAGGAAUCGGGACUAGGUGUUUGUCUAUUGUUUCUCAAUGGGUGGGUGCAAGAGGCGAGUCUAUGGAGAGGGUUCUUGGAGGAUUCAAUAGAGCUUCAGUCCUAGAAAUGAAUGACGGAC